AUGGCCGAGCCAGAUCAAGGUUAGUCGUCUGAGGUUGCGUAGACGUCACCGAUAACUGACACCCUCGGAGGCAUCACGUUCAAGGUCUUCGACGUCGUAGAACUGCUGGAGAAGAUCCUGCUGGGCAUACCGGCUAGUACGAUCUUAACUGAAGCGCUACCCACCUGUCGACAGUUCAAGACGACAAUCGACAGAUCGAUCAAGCUACAGAGGGAGUUGUUCUUUAUACGAGACGCCUCGGUCGGUGAGCAGUAUGCAGUGGAUGUUCAACGGUGCGCCGUCAUUCGCGUGUCGAGAGAGACAGAGCAGUUCGUCAAGGAUCAACAUCUGCAUGUGACGGCGGUGAAGCCGAACGGAUUGCUCUACAACAUGCUGCCCCUGCUCGACCCAGUGGAGCGCGCAGAGGAGAGUCUGGUGGUUGCAGAUUUCCAAUCGCUCUCCAUUCCUCGUCGUAGCAAACUCCAAGCCCCGAGCUACUGCCGCAUGUACAUCACUCAGCCGCCCAUUGUCAAAGCGCAGGUCACUAUCCAUUCCAAGAAGAAGGCCUACCUGUCACUCGUGACCUCGAUGAGUCCAGCGGCAUUCUCUUCGGACACAUCUGCGAUAUUACUGCCUCUCCAGAGAACAUCGACUGGGGUCGUAGUCGCAUUCUGCUCUUCGAUUGCUGGAUGUUGGAUGCUAUAG